CCUGAACGGGAAAAAAUCGGUCGAAAGUUGUACAAGAAUUCCAAAAAUAAUUGUAUAUAAUAUAUAAAAAUCGAGGGGAAUCGCUAGACGAAGCAAAGGAGUAAACUUUUUGCCAGCGUCUCUUGAGAAUUUCCCACCAGGCCACGGAGAAUCUGCAGGACAGUCAGUCACAAUGGCCAGCAAAUCCGCAAGUGAUUACAGAGAACCCCCGAAUGAGCAAGCGGUUGCAAACAUCUACGCAGCCAUGAGAUCGGAACUGAGCCAGAUCUAUUCCAACAUAACCGAGCUCGAAAUGCAAGUGAGCGAACAUACAUUGGUCAUCAAUGCCAUUCAGCCGCUCGACCCUUCGAGAAAAUGCUUCCGGAUGAUUGGAGGGGUUCUCGUCCAGAGAACCAUCAAAGAGGUCCUUCCGGCUGUACAUGGAAACAAGGAAGGGCUUGAAGAGGUUAUCAAGAAGCUAUACGAGACACUGGAGAAGAAGAAGAAGGAUCUUUCUGAGUUCGAGGCCAAGUAUAAGAUCAGGAUAAGGAAACACGAUGACUCCAAGGAAGAAGAAGGUAACAAGAAGGAAGGUAACGCUCAAGGAGUUCUUGUUGGACCAGCCAGUUCAAGCCAGUGAUUCAAGGUUUUGUCUGUCGUAUCUUAUUCUGGCUCUUUGUCAAAGCCUUUUGAUUGUUCAGAACCAGUAGAAAUCUGGGAAUCAGCUUUUGUGUUGGAAAAUCUCAUUGCAUUAUCAUUAAAUUGUUGAAUAUA